UUGACAGUUGUUUUACGUGGCUGACUUUUGCUGGUUGCAUCCCCACUUCCACUUUUGUUUGUCUUCGAUUUUAUUACAGAAUAAUUCAGUGUAACUUAUGUUUUUCUUUUGCACGUUGUGAAUUAAAUUACCUAUUGGUAUAAUCUUCUCGAAAAAUCACAAUGGGGCUGUGUAAAUGUCCAAAGCGACGAGUUACAAAUCAGUUUUGCUUUGAGCACAGAGUUAAUGUUUGUGAAUAUUGUAUGGUGACGAGUCACCCGAAGUGCAUAAUACAGUCAUAUUUGCAAUGGUUACAAGACAGUGAUUAUAAUCCCAUAUGUGAAAUUUGCACAAAAACCCUAAGCGAGGGCGAAUGUAUUCGUCUUACAUGUUAUCAUGUAUUCCACUGGGCAUGUGCUGAGGCACGAUACAGGGCUCUGCCCCGCACAACAGCUCCCGCAGGCUACCAGUGUCCAUCAUGUGCCACACCCGUGUUUCCCCCUCCCAACCUAGUCUCCCCUGUGGCUGAUGAGCUCAGGGAAAAGUUGGCUGGAGUUAACUGGGCCAGAGCAGGCUUGGGUCUACCUCUGCUUUCAGAAGACCAAGAUAUGAAAGGCGCAGCGGGGCGCAGAAGUCAAUCUCCAAUCGACCAUCAUUCUCCCUUCUACACAAGCACUGUAGAUAAUCAACGAGGCACCCCAGUCGGCGCCAGCGAUGACGAGUCUAGUGGCCGCUCCGCUAAUGGCACACCACAUUCCAUCGUCCAAAUACCCGAUGACCCUGUCAAUAUCUAUGAUAGCACUUCCAUUAAGAGGAAUGACAAUUUACAAGGUGGUCAAGCUCCAAGGAAAAGCAUUAAAUCUAGUGAACCCCCUAAACUGUCUACUAACUAUGAUCAUGAUGAAAACAAGUACAAACAAAAGUCAACCUUUGCUUGGAUCAGCAGAUGGUGGAAGAACUCACUCCCAUCUUCUCGAGUGCGAAGAGCUGGAGGUAUCUAUCGACGUUAUUGGAUCAUGCUAUUUGUUUUGAUAGCAGUAAUUGUGGUCCUCGUGCUACUAAGCCGCCGAGACGUAGAUGAAGAAAACCCCUUCGGUUUCAUUCAAGAUGACAACAAGAGAGUACUACAAAAAAACUAAACUUCAUAUUUAUUCAUUAUAAAUCAAGCAAUCUAAGAAGUGAUAUAUCGUAAACCCAAUUAGCUGUAUUAUAUUAAUUUUAUUUCUUCUAACUUAAUGUAUUUAAAUUUAUGAUUCCAUACAUAAAGGAUAAGAUGUUAAAUAAAGUUUCAAAAGUCAGGC